ACAGCAAGAUAUGACUCUUCUUUGCCAGAUUUAUGUGAUUUGUGUUUUUGAAGAUUCGCGUGUUCGUGGUGUUGAAAAAGCAAAAGGACUUUGAGAAUCUAAUGCAUAAACUAGCAAGAUUGUACAACACAAUUGAAUCUGUUGGAGACGAUUAUAUGGUGACAACUGUUAGAGAAAUGGGUGUCAAAGCUCACAAGUUCUCAAUUCUAAAUCACUGCUUGGCUUUAACCACUGGAACGUCUUUUCUCAUUUAUCCUAUAUUCACUGGAAUGCAAGAUUUACCUUACGGAAUUUACAUUCCUGGAUUAAAUAUCACUGACAGAUUCACCUACAAAGUUCUCUAUAUUUAUGAGAUCUUCGUCACGCCUCCUGGAGCAAGUCUCUACAUUCCCUUCUCCAAUCUCUUCACCUCUUUCAUCCUCUUCUCCAUUGUCCUGAUCAGGAUCCUAAGACACAAAAUAAACCUACUGAAGACCAUUGUCCAUCAAGAUAGCAAACUUAUGGAGAAAAGAAUCAAAAUUGCCAUCAAGUAUCACAAACUCCUUAUAACAUUUGUAGAUGAAGUUAAUUCCCUUGUCACUAAUAUGUUCUUCAUGGAACUCAUAUUCUUCACCAUGCUCGUCUGUGCCCUUCUCUUUGUCCUCAACAUCGUCGAAUUAUUCCCCCAAAUCUGCCUCUCUUGCCUCUACAUUAUCCUGAUCAUGACACAACUCUUCACUCUCUACUGGACGUCCAACGAACUAAUGGUUGAGAGCCUGGAUAUCUCCCAAGCAAUCUACUUCUGCCCAUGGUAUGACAUGAAUCAGAAGACAAAGGAGAAACUUAUGCUCAUUAUGGCCAGAACUCAGCGACCACUCAAGAUUACAGCAGGACAUAUUUAUCCCUUAACCCUGCAAAUGUUCCAAUCCCUCCUCAAUGUGUCCUACACUUACUUCACAGUCUUGAGACGAUUCUACAAGAAAUAA